CUUUGACAGUAACUGUACAUUGCAGUGUUGUGAGGUUAAAAAAGUGUUGUGUGCAUUUUUGGAGUUUAUUUACAAAUAUUUGACAGCACGUGGCAACUGUCAAAUUAAAUAAAAUAAAUAAAUAAAUAAAAUGAGAGACAGCGAUUAUUUGGCGAGAUCCACAAAUACUUCUAGUACCUCCUCUAUUAUAGAUCUUGUUAUUGAACCAGCGAGAAAAAAAUUUCCAUUCUGUAUCGUGUGGACUCCAAUACCUUUUCUGACAUAUUUUUUUCCAUUCAUUGGUCAUAUGGGAGUAGCAACUUCAGCUGGUGUAAUUCGUGAUUUUGCUGGACCAUAUCAUGUUUCUGAAGAUAAUAUGGCGUUUGGAAAACCAACAAAAUACUGGCAAUUAGAUUAUUCACGAGCACGUGGUGGUCUAGCUGGAUGGGAUGCUGCUGUUUCAGAAGCUAGUGAUAUUUAUAAGAAAAAAAUGCACAAUUUAUUUUGUGAUAAUUGCCAUUCGCAUGUAGCAACAGCUUUAAAUUUAAUGAAUUACGACAAUUCAAGUAAUUGGAAUAUGGUGAAGCUAGCAUUUUUCAUGUUAAUUAAAGGAAAAUAUGUUGGCUUCUUAGGAUUUGUUAAGACGUGGUUGCCUUUUGUUAUAAUCAUAACAAUUAUAACAAUAUUUUUCAUCAUCUUUUAAGGAAUUUUUAUGGAAAUAAAAAAUUAUAUUGAUUUUUCAUUAACAAUAAUAACUUAUGAAAAUAUAUCGUCCAUUUCAUUAAUGACACCUUUCUCAACGCUAAAAUCAUACUGAUAAUCUUGACUCAUAAUACGGGUAAUAAAAUUAGCAAUCUCGUCAACACGAAGCCUAUCUAACUCAAUGUCUCUAUCUAACUCUUUAUUCAAUU